CCGACUUCUCCCGGCUCCUCCCGGCUCCUCCCGGCCCUCUCCCGGCUCCCUCCGGCUCCGGCUCCGGCGCGGCGGCGGCGGCGGGUAGUUGCAGUAGUGCAGAAUGGCUGACCUCAGUCUUGCAGACGCAUUAACAGACCAACCUCCAGAAAUUGAGGAAGAGAUAAAACGAGAUUUUAUUGCCACCCUGGAGGCAGAGGCCUUUGAUGAUGUUGUGGGAGAAACUGUUGGAAAAACAGAGUAUAUUCCUCUCCUGGAUGUUGAUGAGCAGACCGGGAAUUCAGAGUCAAAGAAGAAACCGUGCUCAGAUACUAGCCAGGUUGAAGGUGCUCCAUCUUCUAAACCAACAGUGCUAGCCAAUGGUGAUCAUGGAAUAGAAGGGAAUGAUACUAUAGGAUCUCCAACUGAAUUCCUUGAAGAGAAAAUGGCCUACCAGGGGUAUCAGAACUGGCCAGAAAAUACAAACUUUUGCUUCGAACCCGAGCAAGUGGUGAAUCCUAUCCAGACUGAUCCCUUUAAGAUGCACCAUGAUGAUGCCCUGGAAGAUUUGCUCUUUCUCCCCAGUGGAACAACCAGUUCUUCAGCAUUUGUAGAACAAAAUAAUCCCCUGAAAGACAGUUAUGGUCUGUUUCCCUGCGACACAUUUGUUCCUGCAACUGUUGUGCCUCAGGCAUGGUCUGUGGAAGCCGCAAACUCUCCACACUCAGAAUCUUUCAUUUCCCCAGAGGCCAUUACACAACCUCUGCAGCCCACAGCAGAGCCUGCCAGGGAGGUAGCAAUGGCAUCAGCAGAAGAGAGGGAACCAACAAAAGCGUCAGAAAUAAUGAUGGGACUGAAGGCUGCUGACAUGACAUCAUCUAGAGAAAAAGAGAUGACCUUGGCCAAGGACGUGGCACCAGCCGCAGAAACAGAGGUGGCAUUGGCCAAAGACAUGGAACCAUCUACCAAAUCAGAUGUGUCACUAGCCAAGGACACAGAAUCAUCAGUUGAAUCAGAUACGGCCCUAGUCAAGGACAUGGUACUACCCAUAGAAACAGUGGAGGCUCCAGUUAAGGAUGUCCUGUUGCCCACAGAAACAGAUGUGUCUUUGGCCAAGGACAUGGUACUGCCCACAGAAACAGAGGUAGCCCCAGCCAAAGAUGUAAUAGUAUUCAAAGAAACAGAGAGGGCACCAACUAUAAAAAUGGAUUUGGCCCCAGCUGAGGGCAUAGUACUACCCACAGAGAGAGAGAUGGCCCCAAGCAAGGGUAUAGUAUCACUCUCAGAAAGAGAAGUGGCACUGGCUAAGGAUGUUGUAUCAUCCACAGAAAAAUCCUCAGCUGAGGAGGUGGCCCUGUCCUCAGAAACAAAGGUGGCUGUGACUGGGGACAUGACACUGCCUCCAGAAACCAAGGUGGUCUUGACCAAGGAUGUGGCACUGCCCCCAGAAACAGAGGUGGCCCCAGUCAAGGACAUGGCUCCACCUCCAGAAACAGACAUGUUCCCGGUCAAGGACAUGGCUCCACCCCUAGAAACAGAGAUGGCUCUGGGCGUGGAUAUGGCUCCACCCCAAGAAACAGAGGUGGCUCUUGUCAAGGACAUGGCUUCACCCCCAGAAACAGAAAUGGCCCUGGGCAAGGAUGUGGCUCUGUCCCCAGAAACAGAGAUGGCCCUGGGCAAGGAUGUGGCUCUGCCCCCAGUAACAGAGAUGGUCCUGGGCAAGGAUGUGGUUCUGCCCCCAGAAACAGAAGUAGCCCGGAUCAAGGAUAUGCCUCUGCCUCCAGAACCAGAGGUAGCCCUGGCUAAAGAUGUUGCUCUGCCCCUUGGAACAGAGGUGACCCUGGCCAACAAUGUGACUCCAGCCGAGGAAGUUGCACCACCAUCCGAGGUGGCAACAAUUCCAGUUAAGGACAUGGGAAUUGCGCACACACAGGAAGAAAUAAGUGAGGAUUCCCAGUUAGAAUCUCUCCAGGAUGAGGGGCAGUCAGCUGCACCUGCUUCUGUGAUUUCACCAGAACCAGUCACAGCCAUGGGCCAAAAGUACAGCUUGUCAACAGAUGAGGAUUCUGUAUUAGAGAAACUAGACCAAAAGAAACCAGUCAGUAGUCAGCCUUCUGAACUGUCUUCAGAGACCUCAGGUGGUGUUAGAGCUCCAGGAGCGAGAGGGGAGAGAGCAGUGGGAGAGACGAUGUCGCUCUCAGACAAGCAGCCAGCCUCUCGCACUGCUGCUUACGGGCAGCUCUGUAAGGGCAAGCCUGCAGAGUGCCGAAUGGACUCCCCAAAAGAAAUCAGUCAAGCUGGAUUUGAGUGGCAGAGAACAGAGGGCAAACUGAAUGAAAUCGGACUGAAUGUCAGCAUGGACGGGCAGCUGAAAGAGGGGCUUGUGAAGAAUACUAGCUUCCUGGAGCAGAAUAAGCACUGCUUCUUUGAGGGGAAGCCAGACAAAGAGCUCAGCAUUGAAGUGCAGGACAAGGACUAUCAAGAAACCUCUGGUCACCUUGAGAGCAAGUAUGUGAUUUCUAACACCUGCUAUUCCUUGGAGAGGAACUUGGUGCACCAGAAGACAGCUGAGUUCCAUCUGGGACCCAGAGAGGGGCCAGACAAAAACAAAGCCACUACAGUUCAGGGGAUGGUGGCAGGGAAGAAUGGGCCAGAGACCAAGAGGCGGCCAGAUCUGGAUUUCCCUGGGGCUGCUGACCUCCCUACCCAGUUUGUGAAAGAGCAGGAAACCAGUGUUUGGAACCCUAACUUUCAUCCAGUGGCUCAAGGCCCUCAGGGCUCAAGGGAAGCAACUCCAGGAAAGGAGAAUGGCAUCACCCCUGCCUGCCAGGUGAUUGGGGUGGUGAAUGAUAACUCUGGGCAGCUUGAAUAUGAGUUCUCACUACCGGUGGCUGUAGCCCACCCAGCCCCCACUAUUGAGCAUUCACCAACUGCCAUUCCACCAGUCACUAUGGUGGAGUUCGCCCAGGAAUAUUUGAAUGCCAGCUGUCAUAUCAGAGACCAUGAUAAGGAGUUGGAGAAAUUGAGUUCUACUGAGGAGGGGGCUUUGCUCGACCAAGCCCCCCAGCAGAAAAAGGCAAUGCGCCGGGCCCUGUCUGAAUGUUCUCACCUCUCAGUUCCUCCAGUUGUCAACCUUGCAGAUAAGUAUCCUGAACUCCCUACCCAAGAAGAGAUUUCUUCUGGCCUGCUGCCUCUCACCAGUAGCCCAGUGCCGAGUCCCAUGCCCAGGAAACUGGGGGCUCCUGCCAUAAGGCGCUGCAUGACAGUGGCUGAGGAACAGACAGCUUGCUUCGUAUUGAACCCUGGGGAACUGCCCAUCCUGUCUACUGAAGAGGUACCUCCUUUUGUCUGCGAGGAACCAGUGGCCAAGAAGAGAGAAGCAUUGACCCACUUCAGCAAUAGUAGCAGCAGCUCUGGGAAGAAGGAGCUGGGCACUGCUGGGUUAUAUCUCCAUGGUAAGCUGGAGCAGAUUCCUGAAGUAAGCAGCAAGGAAAAAGGACGAGAAGAUACUAGUGAAACAAGAACAGAUUUGUGCUCCCAAGUCUGCCACAGAGGUGAGAAACAGCCAGGACAGACUGCUCUGGCAGGGAAGAAAGAAAUUGAGGUCACUGCAACUCAGAGCACUCCAUCGUUCCUGUGUAAAGAGACCCCACGUGAUGGAAUAGCCAAGCCAGAAGAAGGACGGUCUACUGUGAGUGUGACCGGAAAUGACAUCACCACCCCUCCAAACAAGGAGCUCCCGCCAAGCCCAGAGAAGAAGACAAAGCCUUUGGCCACCACUCAGCCUGCAAAGACUUCAACAUCGAAAGCCAAAACACAGCCCACUUCUCUCCCUAAGCAGCCAGCUCCCACCACUUUUGGUGGGUUGAAUAAAAAACCCAUGAGCCUUGCUUCAGGCUUAGUGGCAGCUGCCCCACCCAAACGCCCUGCUGCUGCCACUGCCAGGCCUUCCAUCUUACCUUCAAAAGACGUGAAGCCCAAGCCUGUUGCAGACGCAAAGAUUCCUGAGAAGCGGGCCUCACCAUCCAAGCUGGCCUCUGCCCCAGCCUCCAGGCCUGGCUCCAAGAGCACCCAGACUAUUCCAAAAGCCACAGUAGCUGCCACUGUUGCCUCACCUGGGUCAAACAGUAGGAGUCCCCCCACACCCCUGCCCAAGAAGCCUGCUGCCAUCAAGACUGAGGGAAAACCUGCAGACAUCAAGAAGAUGGCUACAAAGUCUGCACCAGCUGACUUGAGUCGCUCAAAGAGCACCUCCACCAGUUCCGUGAAGAAAAGCACCAUUGUCCCUGGGGCAGCACCCCCAGCAGGAGUGGCUCCCAGUCGAGUCAAGCUCACACCUGCACCAUCCCGGCCCUCCGGGACUCCUUCCUUGGACAAGAAGCCUACGUCAGCCAAGCCCAGCUCCUCUGCCCCCAGGCUGAGCCGCCUGGCUACCAAUGCUUCUGCCCCUGAUCUGAAGAAUGUGCGCUCCAAGGUUGGCUCCACGGAAAACAUCAAGCAUCAGCCUGGAGGAGGCCGGGCCAAAGUAGAGAAAAAGACAGAGGCAGUUGCUACAGCUCGAAAGCCUGAACCUAAUGCAGUCACUAAAACAGCCGGCCCAAUUGCGAGUGCACAGAAACCGCCUGCUGGGAAAGUCCAGAUAGUCUCCAAAAAAGUGAGCUACAGCCAUAUUCAGUCCAAGUGUGGUUCCAAGGACAAUAUUAAGCAUGUCCCUGGAGGUGGUAAUGUUCAGAUUCAGAAUAAGAAGGUGGACAUCUCUAAGGUCUCUUCCAAGUGUGGGUCCAAGGCUAACAUCAAGCACAAGCCUGGUGGAGGAGAUGUCAAGAUUGAAAGUCAGAAAUUGAACUUCAAGGAGAAGGCCCAGGCGAAGGUGGGAUCCCUUGAUAACAUGGGCCACCUGCCUGCGGGAGGUGCCGUGAAGACUGAGGGCGGUGGCAGCGAGGCCCCUCCGUGUCCGGACCCCCCUGCUGGGGAGGAGCCGGCCAUCCCUGAGGCAGCGCCCGAAGCAGGCGCCCCCACUUCAGCCAGUGGCCUCAGUGGCCACACCACCCUGUCAGGGGGUGGUGACCAAAGGGAGGCCCAGACCUUGGACAGCCAGAUCCAGGAGACAAGCAUCUAAUGAUGACAUUCUGGUCUCGUCUUCCAUCCCCUUUGUUCCCCUUUUUGUCUCCCUCGUUACCCUCUCCCUUCCCUCCUCCCGUGUCACUGCAGAUUGAGACCUACAGGCUGACGUUCCGGGCAAACGCCAGGGCCCGCACUGACCACGGGGCCGACAUUGUCUCCCGCCCCCCCCACUUCCCUGGUGGCCCCGGUUCAGGCACCCGGGCCCUUGGCUCCUUCUCCCAGGCUGCCCUCUAGACCCAUGACCGCCUCGAUGCUGGGUAGCCCUCUAGGCCCCUUUCCCCCUCCUGCUCCACUUCCCCAGGGCAGCAGCAGUCCCGCCCCCCACACCUCCUUCCACUCCUGGCCCGGGCCCAGCUCCUUGCUUUGCUCCUGUCCCAUCAUCGCGCCACUGCUCCAUGGAGAAGAUGGGAGGGGAAUGGGGUGAGGGAGGCUAACUUGAGAUCUUGUGGGAGCUGGGAGUGGGGGGAACCUGAUUUCAAUCUCUUGUUUGGGUUUUUUGGACCAAACCCAAGAGAAACUGACAUACCCUUCCUCCUCACUGAGUCCACCUGGAGGGAAGAGUGGAAGUGGAUAUCCAAGUGAUGGCUGGGUACUGACUGCGUCCCCCGGAGCCCGCUAAGCCACUGCCUCUCCCUUUGACCCCACAAUGGUGCCCACCACACAGCCAGGCACCUCUUGCUGCCCUGCCCCAAGUUAGCUAGGGGCCAGUGCUACCUGUCCCCCCUGCUUCCUAUACCUGCCCAGCUGCUGUCACACUUGUCUUUUUCUUGUUUUAUCUUUUUUUUUUAAUAACCUAAAAACUGGUGGAGUAGUUUUGCAGGUUGAAGCCAUGUCUAAAUGAAAGUCCUCAGUAGGUGUAAAAGGAAACAGGGAGGGGAGAUCCUUAAGCCUCCAGCCAGGCUUGGAGGUCAGGCAUUGGGGGCUGCCUUGGCCUGGGCAGCUCAGGCCCCAGAGAUGGUGUGGGCAGGGCAGGUGAGGUGAGGGGGCUGUGGCCUGGUGAGCAUCUAGGGCACACUAGGGGCUGGUCAGAGUGUGGACUGUUUGGUCUGGCAUUUUGUGUGUAUGCUGCUUUUCUUUUCUAACCAAGAGGCUGGUUUUGGCAUCUCUGUCUCAUUUCCUGGGAUCUGGUGGCAGAUCAAGGUCAGGGCUGGAGAAACAGGGAAGGGCUGUGGAGGUCAAAAUCCUCCAGGCCUGCAGGCCUAAGACACUCAAGCUCUCAGUUACUGGGGAGCCUGAGAUGUCCAGAGUUCGUGUGGAUAGUGGGGAAUCAGGUCUGGAAAUUUAAAAUAAAGGCAUGAGACAGGCUUCCCUGAUAGCCUGACUGGAAAGGAGACAGGAAGGGAAGAGACGGAAGAGAGGUGAGGCGAGGCCAGCCUGCAGAGGGGUGUCCCAGUUAGGCCCAGUGUUCGGAUGGCUGCAAUGAUGAGAAAUCCCGGGAAUUGUAUUGACAUGAAGAUUUUUAUUGCACUUGUAUUUUUUGUAUUAAAGUUUGCAUGGUUUCUAAUAAAGGAUUAAAACAUUA